UGGGGAUUCUUUUGGAGCAGCAAAAAACAAAGUCUAGGAAGGACACCACCAGACCACGUGAACACCAACACUUUGCGAAACACAAGCAUUCACCAUAACCCCAGAUUUAGUCAGAUCCUCGAUUUUUAGUAUCUGCUCUCAAUUACUCCUCGGCGGAUGUAUUGUCUCGGGAGUCGACCUAACAACGUAGUCAUGUCCGACCUUCUUCCAUGAUGCAUACAACCUCUCGUUUCAUCCGACCUCCCACCCGACAGCCCUUUCAUGAACGUGGCCCCGAUGGCACUUAUGGAGUCUCCCCUCGGUGGCAUUCUUGCCUGGUUCCUCUUCUGUGGUUUAUUUGGUUUUAUGACAGCUAUCCUGUGCCUCCUCGCUCAUGCUGCCUCGCAGAAAACGCCAGUUCCAAAAUGGCGCUCCCAGCACUCCCGCGUUCACCUGCUCAUCGUCCUGGGUAGUGGCGGCCAUACAGCCGAGAUGUUCUCCAUGCUCCGGCACAUCAAGCUCGACCCGGCUAAAUAUACCAACCGCACCUACGUCGUAAGCUCCGGCGACAACUUUAGCGCAACAAAGGCAGCUGAGUUCGAGUCUACCCUCGUCGACCGCGGCGCAGAACCACAAUCCUACAACAUAGUCACGGUUCCUCGCGCCCGCAGAGUGCACCAAUCCUACCUUACAGCGCCUUUCUCGACGAUUCGGUCCUUCUACUCCUGCCUCCUCGUCCUGCGCGGAGUCCAUCCAGAUCAACAAUCCUGGCCAGCGGAUCUCCUCCCCGUGCCUUACCCAGACAUCAUCCUUACUAAUGGCCCCGCGAUAGCUGUCUGCAUUAUUCUAGCUGCCAGACUCUUACGUUUGUACCAUUCGUUCUCGAGCUUCUUAUCCCCCCAGAGACUGCAUUCGCACCCGAGAUCCAUGGCUGGCCCAGCAGCGGACGGAACGACUCCGCACUCGGGGGUGUUCCGACUCCGGACAAUUUUUGUGGAAUCUUGGGCGAGAGUCACGACGCUGAGUCUGUCAGGCAAGAUCCUGUUACCGUUUGCGGACAGGUUUCUUGUUCAGUGGCCUGCCUUGGAGGGAAAGAAGGCAUUGUGGGGAGUAAAGAAGGCUGAAUAUGUCGGGUUUUUAGUAGAUUGAAUCUCUACUGUAGCUGUCACCAAGCAUGUACUCCUUGUACCUUUAUGGGCAGUCUGUUCGCACAGCACUCGAAUGGGGAUUAAUGCUCGUCAGCUAUGCAAUUGAUCGUAGUUCUCCAUAAUAAUGGGGAUGGGCCUUCUCCGCAGCCGAGGUUUACCCCAUGCCCCUCAUUUCUCAUACUGAGAUUGAGAGGCAGGCCGGCGGCGUCGGAAAA